AUGGACGGCGACGACAUUCACACCUCACUUCAACAGCUCAGGCUGCAACUUGAUCUUAUGAACAAACGUACUGCUUCCGUGCUUAACAAGUCUCGUCAACAUUCCACCAAGGUAACACACGACUCAAGCCAGGUUGGUCAGCUUCCCUCUGUCAUCAUGGCAGACUACGCCCAGCAAAUCAAACACAUCGGCGCCACGGCUGAACCUUACUUUGAUCUGUCAUUUGGCAAGUCUUCCGACAUACCACGCCAGACUUCCGGUAUGCCGUCUGCAACCGUGGCCGAUGUUGGUGGCUACUUCUACCCAAACCACAUCCAGUACACCCACAACAAUCAGCAAUACAUUUCGGAUGCCUUGACGUUCGUUGGUAGGGUAAAUCGCACACUUCGUACAAAGUCUAUCAACAAUAUCGAGAUCUUCCUGAGGGGUUCCGCCCUUCGCUGGUUUCACAUCGGCCUCAGAAUCGACGGUUCACACAUCUUUGACCAUGGAAGUGGAGAGAUGAACAUCGCCAAAUUCUGUCAAUCACUCAUUCUGCUCUUUGGUGUACCAAAGUCCUCGAGACCAGAGUCUGACAAUGAGGCUGCGCGCCUCAAGGUGUCUUCUAUGCGCAGUGGCAUCCUAGACGACUAUGCCUUUCCUGCUCUCGAGAACGCACGUCAACAAGGUGUUGAUUUUGACUUUGACGUCGUUUUGAAGAAGGCCAUUAAACGUUACAACAAAAGCUCUAUACCCGCAAGCGUGGAUCCAAACAUUCUCAAGAACAAAGAUCUACUCGAGAUGUUGGUCUGCCUCCGACGCAGCGAAUUUGACCAGAAACUCGACAAGGUUUUGACUCCACAGGGACAUUAUGCCAACGAAGUGACACGUGCUAAGGUGACAUCUGAGAGCAUAAAGGGGCCAGGCGAGACCAGCAAUGAAGUCAAACAAGACUCGGUUUCUGAAACUGCCAAUGAGCUCUUCGGCGAUACCCCAUCGUUGACAACAAUAGCAGCCUCUGGCGACCCUUCUAGUUCCAAGUCUGAUUGCCCUGAGCCAAGAAUCAAGAUCAUCACGGGGUUGCCCGCUGCUCGCGACUGUUGCGGCGAGAAGGUGCUCAAUCCUGUCGAGCACAAGCAAAAGAUGUGUCAAGGCAUCAAUUUUCUGGCUGACGAGGGCGCCGAGAUCCUAUCUGAUUUUGAAGAGAAGUUGGCAGCUCUCAAGAAGUGGCUGCACAAGAACCAUACCCAUGAAGACAGCGAUGACGAGAUCAAGUUGCUCUGGCACAGGGUCGCAUACAUGAUCUGGAUCCACGAGCAACGCAUUCUGGAGUCGUCCGAGCAGCACUUCAUUCGCUCCCAGGAUUCAGACAGUGAGUUCGUGUACGAGACUAAGAAGCCCAGCAGAGGUCAUCAGCGGCCUUUUGUUUCGAACAGCACUACCACUGGCAGGACCGAAAAUCCCAAGAAUCAGAUUGUGCGAGCUCAGGAGAAAGUCUGCAUUCUGGAUAACCGUUCUGAAAAGGCUGCCGUCGCUCUGAACCUUGAGACACCGAAGAUGCUUGAACUUUUCAAGCCCAAAGUCGUGGAAUCAAUCGAGGCUGCGGAUGAGCCUUAUCCUCCAGCUCCAACAGCCGAAUCAUGUCCCACGACCCCUAUCGUUCCUUGCCAAGUUGCCGCAAACCCUCUGAACAGUAGCGAGCUCGAUCACAACAUACCAGUGUCUCCCAAGACGGCCAAGAAGUUUGGCCUUCAACCAGGCCGUCAACUUUCACAGCAGCAACUACUCCAAAUGCAGCAGCAGAUGCAUAUGCAACGAAUGGCCCAACAGCAGAAGAACACCAUGAAGAUGGAGAAGACAGCCCAGACGAACAACUGUUCCCAGAAUAUUCCACAUCAGCAGAGUCCUGUGCUCAAACCUCAGGACCGCUCAGGACGCAGUUCUGUUGACAUUGGCAGAGGUUGCCACACCAAUGUGCUCGGCUCCACUAACGUCAAUUCAUCAACACUGUCUUCAUACGAGCCCCUCGAACAGGCCUCAACUGAUCUCUCGAGAACUCGUUCCGAACAGGUUUUCGCUCAACUGCCGGAUCACCUGAAAGACCGAAGUGUUCGCUUGCCUCACAGCGCAUCCGCUGGCAUGAACAAGCACACAACUAUCUCGAACUAUGACACAAUCGAGCGCCUCAAGCCACCCCGUGCCUUUCCCAUACACGAGACAAAGAAGGACGAGACUGAGAGGACCAAGAACGCUGCUGAAGAGAUGCUGACCACCACCAUCCAUGACUACCAGCACGAUACAUCCUCCAUCGAUCCUUACUCCUACGUGAGUGGAUGUACCGGUGCCAAGGAACCUUUGGAGGAAUACCUGAAACACCUCGAACUUGGUUCUCUUGAUGAUCAGGACUGGACUCAUUAUGCUCAAAUGCUUAAAGACCACGCCGCAGCAGUAGCUGAAGAGGACAACCAUUCAAUCAAGAUACCCCACAAGCCCUUUUGGCAUGAGCGCGAGGCCAUGGAGGCCGCCGGCGAAAUCGCCAGAUCACAAAAGUAUCGCCGCUGGUAA